UACUGUUUUUGCAGAAUCUUCUCUUUUCUGGACGUGGUGACGCUCUGCCGCUGUGCUCAGGUCUCCAGGUCCUGGAACGUCCUGGCAUUAGACGGCAGCAACUGGCAGAGAAUCGACCUCUUUGACUUCCAGAGAGAUAUUGAGGGUCGUGUGGUGGAGAACAUCUCAAAGCGAUGCGGGGGGUUCCUGAGGAAGUUGAGCCUGCGGGGGUGUCUCGGCGUGGGGGACAGCGCCCUGAGGACAUUUGCCCAAAACUGCAGGAACAUUGAACUGCUCAGUUUGAAUGGCUGCACCAAGAUCACUGACAGCACAUGUAACAGUCUCAGUAAGUUCUGCCCCAAACUGAAGCACCUGGACCUCGCCUCUUGUACCUCAAUCACCAAUCUUUCUCUCAAAGCGCUCAGUGAGGGCUGUCCUAACUUGGAGCAGCUCAACAUCUCGUGGUGUGAUCAGGUGACCAAGGACGGCAUCCAGGCUCUGGUCCGGUCCUGUCCCGGUCUCAAAGGACUGUUUCUCAAAGGGUGCACGCAGCUCGAAGACGAGGCUUUGAAACACAUCGGAGCCCACUGUCCCGAGCUGGUCACACUCAACCUACAGACGUGCUCACAGAUCACAGACGAGGGCCUCAUCACCAUCUGUCGAGGCUGUCACCGGCUGCAGUCGCUCUGUGUGUCCGGGUGUGCCAACAUCACAGACGCCAUCCUGCACGCCCUGGGACAGAACUGCCCCCGACUCAGAAUAUUAGAGGUGGCACGCUGCUCUCAGCUUACAGACGUUGGCUUCACUACAUUAGCACGGAAUUGUCAUGAGUUGGAGAAGAUGGAUUUAGAAGAAUGUGUCCAGAUCACAGACGGGACACUCAUCCAGCUGUCCAUCCACUGCCCCCGUUUGCAAGUCUUGAGUUUGUCCCACUGUGAGCUCAUUACAGACGAUGGGAUCAGACACUUGGGGAGCGGGCCCUGUGCUCACGACCGUCUCGAGGUGAUCGAACUGGACAACUGCCCCCUGAUCACAGACGCCUCCCUGGAGCACCUGAAGACCUGCCACAGCCUGGACCGCAUAGAGCUGUACGACUGCCAGCAGAUCACCCGCGCGGGCAUCAAGAGGCUACGGACUCACCUGCCCAACAUCAAAGUGCACGCGUACUUUGCCCCGGUCACCCCCCCUCCGUCUGUGGGGGGCAGUCGUCAGAGAUUCUGCCGCUGCUGUGUCCUCCUAUGAUGCAAAGACUCCCCCCCCUCCUCACUCCCCCACCUUCACCUUUGGCCUGUGACCUUUGACCUGUCGAUGCCCACAGCCGCCGGCCCCACCCCCCCAAAACCUAAGCUCACAUGCACAGCGCCCCCAGCACCGCCCCCUUUCUUUCCCUUCUGGACCUGCAGAGAGAGAGAGGGAGAGAGACAAAAUGAUGACGUUUUGAAUAAACACAGGUGAAUUUUCCAAACAUUCCCAAAUUAUUAAUUCACAAACACCAGAUGUAGAUUAGGAUAGGUGAAUACUACUUUUCAUUGCCCAAUUUGAGUCAUUUGCCUAAUUUGCGUCGGCCUUAGCUUGGCUUUAUUUUUAUUAUUUUACUCCUCAGAAAGAGCUAAAAAUAUCUGUCAGUUGAAACCUUAGCUCACCUUUUUCUGAUCUAUGUUAUAUUGUUGUUUCUUCGUCAAAAACAAACCCUGAAUGUUCUUCCUCAAACUGAAAACGCUCUGUUCCACCUUGUGAUGUCAUAGGGUAACACAAGAAGUGCUCCACUGUGUUUUUAAACCACGCACACCUUCACUGAAAUAAUUUUGAUAAUUUCUACUCUGGAAUUGCCAAUCUCUUGUGUGCUUUUUGUUGCAUUUUUUUUUUUUGUAUGAAAGUUGGAUAGAUUGAUUGUUUGAUCUCUACUGAACUAAAGGUAAAAGGGAGCUGUUAACUUGAAAACUACCACUACAUGACAUCACAAGGUGAAACAGAGUGUUUUGAGCUUUGGAAAUGCUGAAAGACUAGUAAUGCAGGUUUACUCGGACGUGUGCGAAUGAAAAAAAACACAACUGCAGGUUUGUUUUUGAGGAGGUAACAACAAUAUAACAUGACUUAAAGCUCACAAGAGUCAAUUUUGCGUAAUAUCACACCUUUAAAGUUUCAUAAGCCUUGUAUUUCUAGGAAAACACUUGUAAAAUGCCGUAUCACUGUAAACACAUUAAAGAUCAGAUGGGCUUAAUCUCUGCACUGAUCUGUUUGCUUGGGUUUUGUAGCAGUUAAAUGUGCUGAUAACACGAGGGCUGGGCUCAGAUUGAACUGAAAAUAAAACAGCAUAUUACAAGUAGUUUGUCUGUGUAUAGGUUGCCGUAUAUUGAAUUUUGAUGCAGAUUUGGCUCGGACUCAAAUUGGGUAAUGACAUUAUUGGCCUAUUGCUAAGCUCCUCCCAACUUUUUCUAUUCAGUCAUUUGAUUGGUUCUUAUUGUAACUAGAAAUGGACUUUAAAAUACUGUAUUUUUAACAAUGUCUCAAACUGAACCAAUGUUUAUCAAGCCAAUCACUAUAGUCCAUACAUUUUAUUUAGAUUUCAAAUAUAAUCCGCUUUCUUCCUGUUAUUUCUACAGGUAUUUGCAUAUCAAUUUGGUAUAAUUUGAAAACCUGAUGCCCUUCCUUAAGAAUGCAUCAUCAGUUCUCCAUACUUGACUUUGUGAUUGUCAAACUUAAUUCAGUCUUACAAAGUAUACUGUUGACAUCUUAGUUUGAAAGUCCUAUUAAGAAAACUUUAUAGGUACAAGGAAUGUGAUUGGUCCAUGGCAUUUGGAGGCGGAGCUUAGCAAUAGGCAAUAAAUGAACAACCUAGUAUUACCUUAAAUUUCAAACCAUAAAUUUGAUCACCAAAGCAAAUUAAACUUAAAGGUACAUUGUGAAACUUUUCUGGUGGAAAGUUCAUCACCUGCUUGUUUCUAUGGAUGUCAUUUCUCUGUCUGGAAUGUUCCACAGUAUGACAUUAAACAGCUCUACCUUACAUUUAUUCAAUUACACGUGUUUUUAUAGCGCAAAAAUAUCUAAAAAAAAACAAGCAUUCUGUUUGUGAACGGGGUCGCCUCUCCACAGAUCUUACCUGUAACUUGAAGACUGAAAAGUGUAAUACCAUACUGUGAAACAUCUCCACAGAGAAAAGCAUUUGACGGACCCUCCACCAGACAAGUUGCACAAUGCAGCUUUAAAAAAACACAAGGACUGUACAAAAUCAAAUAACUUUACUUAUUUAGCACUUUGAGUAUUUUGGGGGGGGGUUAAAUUAGCCACAACAACAGUGUUUCAAGGUCAACUUUCUGCUACCUCUAUAAUAUACAAGAUCAGCAUUCAGACCUGUAUUAAUGUGUAGUAACAAUAGUGGUGUUAAUACGUACCACAAAAGGCAAAACUGGUCAUUAAACUCUCGUGAUGCCUUUAAAAUGGACAAGAAUAACAGCAGAAAACCUUAUGGGGUUUAAAAUAUACUUUUGCAGUUGUUUGCACUUAUGGUUAUCUAUAGAAGAGGGUGUACCAAUGCUCAAAAUGUCCAGUAAGUUGAAAUACUGACUAAUGUUCGGUAGUAUACUGAAUGAAUUUGAACUUUGUCUUAGAGAUGAGAAAUUGUUAGUAUAGAUUUGAGGUUUUGAGGAAAUUGUAAAUUAGAAUAUCGUCACCAACAUGAUAAUUAAUGGUAACAAUAAUUAAAAUAAGUUACUAAAUUUGCAAAAAAUGAAAAAAAUUAAUUUGCAGUGCAGGGUUUAAGCAAUAAUUCUGCAUUUUUGUUGUUAAAGUCUAAUCACUAUUAACUUGAACCUCAACCAUGACAAUUUAUAGUCACAUUUUGGCACAUAUCUGAUGUAUUGCCUUAAUAUUUUCUGAAUAGCAUUAAAAUUAAGAUUAAUAAUUUAUAUAUAGACUUUUUUUUGUCAAUAAUGCACACUCCUGUUUGGUCCAAAGGGUCCAAUGAACAACAUAUAGAAUAAUAGCUUUAAUACUACCAAUGACUUAAGUAGCAAAAGUAUAUGAUUUUUUGUAUAAAUAAGGCAAUAAAAGUAGAUAACAUCAACUUUUUGCUUUACAGUUGUAAAUACAGAAAACCCAAACUAUAGGUGCCUGAUUGGGACAUAUAUAUGGCACAAACACCACUUAAAAAUAAUGGCUAAUUCUUUUUUUUCAUGUCUGUUUGAAUGUAUUUUUUCCCCAGUAGUACUGUAGUAGAAGUAUGUUGGGCCACCAUAGAAACAGCACUUCAAUUCAAAUAAUUUUAAGCAGAUUUUCAGACACUAUCAUACCAAAUUAACUACAAUAUAGCUACAAACAAACUAAAAUAUAUACCUUUAAGUUGUACGCAUUGCACUUUCCUCAUUCAAGUUGUAUAUUUGAACUUGCUGGACAUUUUUCUCCUUUUGGUAAACUCUCUUCUAUAAAUAAAAACUUGACACUUUAGAAUUAAAAAAGGAGGCGGAGACUGAUUUUACUAACACAGAAACGUAGAUUGAAAUCCUGCUUGCCAAUACACCUCUCUCUGUCUCUCUGUUACAAUCAGAAGAAUAAAAAAAAAACAAUAUUUUUCUAAAGAAUGGAUUUCACGGAUUUCGCCUAUACGCAGAGAAUGGAGAAGAUGCCAAAUGUUGCAUGUAACAUCUCUAGUUUUUUAAAAAAUCGAAAUGUGCGGACACCAAGAGUCCUAGUCGAGAAAAAGCCAGCGAAGACAGAACAUGAAUGCAAUGGAGAGGAGUAUUUUGAACUAUGAAAACAAUGGAAAAAAAUGUGUAAAGAAAAUUCAAAAUGUCAGACAUCUUGGAACUGUGAAAUAAGAUGCUGGCUGGUUUGAAAAAAAAAGACAAAAUCAUGACGACAUUAUGUAUCCUAUUUGCCGGGACAAUGCAAAAAGACUACAACUUCGAAAACUACACGCAAUCAAAAAAAAGUAUGUCCUUUUUCAUUUGAAGUGACAGCGACCCUUGAACUCCCAUGAUGCCUUGCAAAGGACAAAAUUGCUGCGGAUGGAAAAGACAUGACACAUGAACAAUGGAGGUGUAAAAUUGGCCUUCUGAUUGAUCAUAGCAAGCGGAGGGCUUUUAUGGACUUCAACGCCCCAUUGGAAAAGUACACUGUAAAAUUCAACACCCACAUGAGUUAAAAUGGUUUGAAAUUUGAAUAUUUGUCUUAAUUUUGGGUUUGGGUUCGCUUAGUUGCUUUAUUUAGAGUGUUUCAUGGUAUUUUGGGAAAUUAUCCUAAUGUCCUUGAGGUAUAGGAGGUAUGGAAAAACUGACUAAGGUAAAAAUUGAGUUUUGAGGUAAAUGCACACUUAGAAUAUCAAGUACACUGACUAUAGUGAAAAAGAUUCAAAAAAAUAGUUGAUCUAAAACCAUAGUCUGUAUAAAGAAGUGGACAAAGAGAAUGUGAUGUCAUCUAUAGCAUUCAGCUCCAGUCAAAUGAAGCUCAUCGAGGCCGGCAGUUACAGGGGCAAACUUGGAGCCUGUUCCGUAUUAGAAACAAGAAUUUAUUUACAGACAAAAUAGCGAAAUAAAAACACCAGGAUCACGCAGAGCGAGUUAAUACGAACAUUUUAACAGAAAAGUGAGGAGCCUGACAGCAGCAGUUAGUUUUUCGAUACAAAGUGAAUUGGAGCCAGAGUCACUGGAGCCACAAGAGCAGCCAUGUUUACUUCCUAUUUGAAACGCGGUGGUUAAUUUUUAAAGUCUGUUCAAAAUAGAACAAACUUCCACUGUAAUCUUUCAUAAACUGUGACUUUUUGUUGAUACUUGUAGUCUCAACCAACACUAACAUUGGCUAUUUUAUUAUGUUAUUGACUUUUUGGGAUUAUUUAUUAAUUUGUUAGCAAAGAGGAAUUUUCUUACUCCACUUUUGAAAUUACUGAAAUGAAACCAGACUGAUUUACCUUGAGAGAAGUUUGACAAGCCAGAUCAACUUCUUAAGAGUCUAAAUACGUCAAGUCUGCUCAAACCAAGAUUAAUAUCCUUCAUUUUGAUCAAUUUUAACUAAUGUGGGUUUUCAUUUUUGCAGUGAUUUGCAUUUCCUUCUCACCCGCUCUACUAUGUCCUGUUUAAUUUUAUAAUCGUAUUUUAUUGCUUUUUUGUCCAAAUUUCACAUCUGCUUUUCCACCUCUCUCUAGAUUUCUUCUCUUCUGUGGCAUUUUCUGUUUUUGGCGUGGUUUGGAUUGAGUUGUGUUUCAGAAAAUUCAGUUCAGUAUCUCCGGAUUAAAGGGCCUAUAUUACGCCGUUUUCUGAUCCACGUUAUAAUGUUGUUUCCUCAUCACAGACAUACCCGGAGUUGUGUUUUGUUUUGUUCAAUGACACAUUUUUACACACAAAUCCUGCAUGUUUAAGCAUAUACUUCUCUCAAACAGAAAAUCUUUUGAUAAUACAGGAAGUGCUCCGCUGUGCUCACUUUCACUAGAAUCAUUUGGAUAAUUUCAGGCUUGGAAUUGUCAAAUUCUACUGAACUAAAGGUAAGCUGGUAAUUGAAAACUGCAUGACAUCACAAGGUGGAACAGAGCAUUUUGAGCUUCGGAUGGAUGGAUUUUUGAUAAGUGAAUGAAACAAAACACAACUCCAGGUAUAUUUUGGUUGAGGUAACAACAUUCUAACAUAACUUAAAGCUCACAAGAGUUAAUUUUGCGUAAUAUAGAACCUUUAAAUUUUUUUUAAGCCCUCUUCCAAGUUUUUGUUGUUUAAGAGUGUAAUGUUGUAAAAUGUUUAGUCUUUAUUUUUUGGGAAUGGGAGGGGGGUUUAUUGGCAUUUGUGCAAUUGUGGUACAUGUGUGGUACAAGUGUCUGUGGAGGAGUUAAAAUAUUGAAUGUUA